AUGAGGCAGAAAAAGCACAGCAGCACCGCUGACAUCACCAAUCGUAGCUCCGGCGAAGUGCGCAACCUCUGCCACGGCUGUCUUCGCUGGCACGACUGCUCUCCUUCGUUUUCCGAACACUGGCGACCUAUCGGUGUUAGAAACCCACUCCUUUCCUCCGACAUUGGCGCCAUUAAGUCCAUAGUUCUGUCUGACACAAAGAUCUUCACCGCCCACCAGGAUGGCAAGAUCCGGGUCUGGGAGCAGAACAGGCGUCAGCACCUCCGCCAAGCCGCCGCCAUCCCCACCAUGACCAACUUCGAUGUCAUCUCCGCCAUUGCCAUAAGAGGCGGCCUGCUCUACUCCACCUCAUGGGACCGAACUCUCAAGGUCUGGAGGCUCUCCGACUUCCGCUGCCUCGAAUCCGUCCGAGCCCACGACGACGCCAUCAGUGCCCUCGCCGUCUCGGCCGAUGGCACAGCCUACACCGGCUCGGCGGACGUAACUAUCAAGGUCUGGACACGAUCGACCGGCGCGAAUAGCCAACACUCCCUGGUGGCAACCCUGGAGAUGCACCGGCCGGCGGUCAAUGCGCUUGCGCUCAGCUCGGAUGGGUCGGUUCUCUACUCUGGUUCGAGUGACCGGUCCGUCUUGGUAUGGGAGAAGGAGGGCGGUGCCGGCAGGAUGGCAGUGACCAGCACGCUCCGCGGCCACAGCCAGGCCGUGCUUUGCGUCGCCAAUGCGUUAGAACUCCUGGCCAGCGGCUCCGCCGACGACACGAUCCGAAUCUGGCGACGAGGCAUCAACAACCAGUACAGCACGGUCGCAGUGCUCGAAGGACAUGAACGGCCGGUCAAGUCAUUGGCCAUUGCUCCCUCGGAAUGCACCUCAGGGUUGGUCCUCAUCUACAGUGGAAGCUUAGACGGUGAAAUCAAGGCCUGGCGAGUCACGCAACCUUGA